AUGCCCCGGCCGCGGAAGUCCACCAAUGUGCUCGUCAAGCGGCGCACACGGACGGGAUGCCGGACGUGUCGGGCAAGAAAGCUAAAGUGUGGAGAAGAAAAGCCAGUCUGUCACCAAUGCUCAAUCAAAGGAUUGACCUGCGAUACCACAACUGCUCUUAAGUGGGAAACAGACUAUAUCUCCAAGGGCCUCAAGUUUGGCAGAGCCGGUGUCUGGUCCAAGGACCCAUACAAGGCAGCCUCGCCUUCCCCGAAGUCCGACUGGUCCACUCACGAGAGCGCAGCUUUAUGGUGGUGUCCUAUCCCAGACAUACAUCCCUAUAGUUUUGUGAACACCACAGUGGAUACUUUGCACGAGCUGGACCAGUUUGAGCCUGGAACAGAAGGCGGCAACCCCAAUCGAGUUGCAAUUUCGACAUCCUCAGAAACCGACGCUACUGCUGGAUGCUUCCUUAGCCCCUGGCCAACAACACAGAGCCUGGUACACUCCGCAAAGCCCCAACUCGCGUCGCCCCUAAGUGUCUUACCGCCAUGGGAAACUCCAGAACAGUCUACUCUACUUUCAUACUACGUCGAAAGAAUAUGCCCGAUGACUGUCUCGAGCAUGACAUCCGUCUCUCCUUUCGCAACGCUACUCCUUCCUUUUGCCAUUAGCACCUCGUCUCUGACUAUGGACUCUAUGUUGGCAUUGGCCGCCUGUCAUCGAUCCCGAACGGAUUCACACUACAAGGCAAUAGCAUUAAAACUCAGCCACCGGGCUCUCCAAGCCCUUCGGGCCAAGUUACGACAUUGCGACUCCACGAUGAUCGUGAUGGUCCCAGAAACAUUGGUUGUUAUGCUUCUGCUUUGUAUGUUUGAGAUUGUGAACGAAUGUGACAGUCGAUGGGUGGUGCAUUUGAAAGGGGCACGCGACUUGAUCCGCAUUCGCAGAUGGCAUCAGCCAGCCAGUGGGGAAACCACGGAUGCUGGUGCUCUGGCUGCAUUCUGUGAACGCUUCUUUGCCUUUCAGGACAUCAUGGGUCGGACUGCCUGUGGUGAGGAUCCUGUUUUUGGGAGCGACUUCUGGGCAAAUGACCAAACUGACUGCGAACCAUGGCUCGGGUGCUCUCCUCAAUUGGUCUCCAUUUUGAGCAGAAUCACUGAGUUAGGGCGACAAGGCCCAAUAAUUCGUGAGACCGCCGAGUUCCAGGCAACGUCAGCUGCUCUGGAGGCACAACUGGGCACGCUGAACCAAACGCUCUGUGAUAACAGUGAUGACAUCCUAAGUCAAUCUGGGGAGCUGAAACGGCUCGCGGCCGAGGUCUAUUUGCAGUGCGCCUUGAACGGAGCCAACCCUUCAACACCGUGGGUUUCGCAACAAGUGUCCAAAAUCCUGCGCCUUAUCAGUAUUUCGCUGGAGUCUCGAUUGGUCUCUGGCAUAAGCUGGCCGCUCUUCAUUGCAGCCGUCGAAUUGCAUCCCGACCAUGAUCUUGAACUAUGCUGGGAGGCCGGCAACGCUCCAAGAUAUGCACGACCUUUCAUCCUCUUCGCUCUGGAAAAGCUGAAUGGUUCAAUGGUCAACACUGUCAGGAUCCGCGCCGUCAUUGAAAAAGUUUGGCAAGCGCGAGAGCUGUCGGAAGGUCCAGCUAGCGCUACUGCUUCCCCGCAGAGUGACUGGGAGCAGUUUGUCGCGCCUUUCUGUGGAAAUAUGUCUCUGGCGUGA